GAAAGAUUUAACGUGUUUCAAUAGGAUAUUUCGUGAUAAUAUUGUAAGUUAUAUAAGUUGAAAAGUCCUGAAUUUCCAUGAUAAGUUAGGGAAAAAUAAAAAUAUAUAAUAAAAAAUGUCUGGAAAAGAGGUGGAGAGGGAUCGGCUAUUAAAAAGGAUAGCAGAAAAACGGGCAAAACUAGAAGCUAGGAGUGAUUUGAAUAUAAAGAUACCUAGAUUGCAGCUGCCUUCUGAUUUCAACUUCCAGGAUAGGUCCGUAUUUUCGUUACCUCCAGAAAUAUUGAAACCGAUUUUGGCUUCUGCCCAUCCAAAGUAUCGUAAGAAAAUUGCAGCUGAAAAGAAAAGAGCUACCGAAGAAAGAAAUAAAUUAAAAUCCUACACUGCUCUACGUAAGCAACGCGAGGAAUUUAGGCAGAAACUGGUCAGUCUGAUAACGAACCCGCAAGAUGAAAUGGACGUUGAUGACAUCCCUUCCGCUCAGGAAAAGGAAAUGCUCCGAUACUACUACUAUGUAAAACAUGGCGUUGAUACUGUACACCUGGCACCACUGGACGAACAAGUUUUGAACCGAGUACUGUCAUUGGUACCACGCAGACUGAUGGUCUGGGAAGAGACACUCUCCAAAACCGUGGAAGACGUCAAGGAGGACUUCAUGAUGGCCAACAAGAAGGCCAUCAUCGAUUUCGUCCUGCAAGAUCCAACGUUCAUCACUACGAUCAAGGACGAAGACAUCCCGUUCAGCAAGGAGAAGAAACAGAUAGGAAACAGUUUCAGACCCGCUUUCGAUUUUGCCAAGGCCAAAAUGGAACGGAAUUUGCACGUGAUCAAUCCUUGUUUGGCCGUGUUGUUGGAUCUUUGGUACACUAGAUUCAGAAAACUCCGGUUGGUGAACAUCGAAGAUCUGAAAAACCACGAAGGCGCGUUCGAUCUGCAAGACUUCAAGUACACUGUCCAAAAAAGUAUAGAUCACUGCAGGGAGGUCCUGAUCGACCAGUACUACUACGCAGUGUCCGACGUGUUUUUGCAAGGCUCCAAGAAGAACAAGCUGCCCAAUCCUAGCAAACCCAAACGCAUGAAGUCGUUCUAUGAUGCCGUGGCAACGAUCAUGACCAAUCAUUUGCAGACUUUGUGUCUAAAGUCACUCUAUGAUUUCAUUGAGUACAUAAUGGACAUAAAAUAUUCAAAUAAGGGGUUUCAAAUCAAGUUGGUUCAACGUGCAAAUAUUCUCUGUUUUGAACCGCCAUUCAAAAACUUCAAAGACGUUCUCAUCAACAAAAUUGAUGGCAUAGUGGAAGCGGUUAUGGAUAUUCCUCGCCUGGAAACGAAACUGUAUCUGGAUUGGGCCGAACAAGAUCAAUUCUUGAAGCCAACAAUUCCGGAAGAAACAAUCCUAAACUACAAAUACCGAAUCAAAGAUUUGCUGGAAAACCAACGUAUCGGCCCCGAACUGAGAGUUCAAGAUUUUGACGAGUACAUGCCCCUGAUCAACGGCGAAGCUGACGAGGAGAUCAACCAGUUCCUAGCCGGCGAUCACAAGCUCGAAGACUACGCCAGACAGAUACUCAAGUACAAGGAGAUCAUGGAUAAAGUACCGCUCAGUACUUCGCACGUGAUUACAAUGGAGAUGUAUGAGAUGAACAGGCACGACUUGAUCAAAACUCUGGAGAUGCAGGCGGACUUGUUCAGGGAGAGUCUGAUACAGAGAUGUGUCAAGACGUACCAGUACAUGUGCAAAGCUUUAGGUGAAGAAUACCAGACAAUAGCAGAAAAAGCGCUGAAUAUACCGGGCGAUACGGCUGAACUGAUGGAACUAAUAAGAUAUGUCAGGGACGUGGAAACUCUUAUCCUUUACCAGAUGGAAGACCGACUAAGAGAAGUGAUGGAAUACAUACUAUUUCUGGCAGAUCACACUCUGUUCACGCCGGUAGAGAUGAAACAAAAUAACAUCACUUUCCACUGGUAUUUGCACAUGCCCAAAGUGAUCGAAGAACACAAACAAAUGAUCGAGGCAAAAAUGGAAGAAUUCCAAGCGCAACUCGCAUUGAGGAUUCAGAAAUUCACGGACGAUUUGGAGAUGUACGCCAAGAUGGUCGACGAACUUCAGUACAACGGCAACGUUGAAGACCUGCCACGAUACCACAAGAAGGCUACGAAACUUGACGAAAGAUUGAUCCACGCUAUGGAAAGAAUCGACCAGUUCAACGAAGAAGAGCAAGCUUUCGGCUUCGAACUAUCCCAGUACCCUGUCCGCAAACAAGUCCACGAAAGACUGGCACCAUACAAGAAGCUCUACGACAACUCUACCGACUUCAUCAACAAGCACGAGCUCUGGAUGAAGUCCAGAGUGGGCUCGUACGAUCCAGAAGAAAUCGAAACUGACGUGGGAACGUACUACAGGAAUAUUUAUAAAUUGGAGAAGCUGUUUUCUGACAGACCCGCCACUUUGAAUCUGGCUACGACAGUUAGGGAAGAAAUUGAAGGUUUUAAGGAACACAUGCCUAUUAUCCAGACGUUGGGCAAUCCUGGAAUGAAGGAACGCCAUUGGGAGAAGGUGUCUGAAAUUGUAGGAUUUCCUAUUAAAGUUGAUGAUGACCUCACAUUGGAAAAGAUCAUUGACUAUGGGUUGGACGACUACAUCGAGAAGUUCGAAGCCAUAUCUGAAGCGGCCACCAAAGAAAACAACUUGGAAAAGAACUUGAACAAGAUGAUCUCCGAGUGGGUCGACAUGGAGUUCACAGUUCUUGCCUACAGAGACACCGGAACUUAUAUUUUAUCGGCCAUAGAUGACAUUCAAGUACAACUAGAUGAUCAUAUCGUCAAGACUCAGACCAUGAAGAAUUCGCCUUAUAUCAAACCAUUUGAAAAGGAAACUCUUGAUUGGGAAUCUAAACUACAACUACUCCAAGAGAUUCUUGACGAAUGGCUCAAAGUUCAAGCCACCUGGAUGUACCUGGAACCCAUAUUCUCCUCCCCAGACAUCCAGCAACAGAUGCCCGAGGAAGGAAGAAGAUUCAGCGCCGUCGAUAAGAUCUGGAGGGACCUAAUGAAGACGGUGUUUAGCGAUCCGAAAGUUCUGUCGGUAGUGGAGAUUGACAAGAUGGUGGAGAGGUUGAAGAAGUGCAACAACUUGUUGGAGAUGAUUCAGAGGGGAUUGAACGAUUACUUGGAGAAGAAGAGGUUGUUCUUCCCCAGGUUCUUCUUCCUGUCUAACGACGAGUUGUUGGAGAUCCUGUCAGAGACGAAAGAUCCAACAAGGGUACAACCACAUCUGAAGAAGUGCUUCGAAGGUAUAGCAAAAUUAACAUUUACCGAGGACCUUGAUGUGACCGAGAUGAAAUCAAGUGAAGGUGAGAUAGUACCACUACCAGAUAUCAUUCAGACAGCCCUGGCUAGGGGUCAAGUGGAGAAAUGGCUGGUCGAAUUGGAAGCGGAUAUGAAGAAAGCAGUACACUUGAUGGUACAAAAAUCAAUUGAGGAUUAUCCCAAGAAACCAAGGGAUCAAUGGGUAUUGAGAUGGCCUGGUCAAUGUAUCCAGUCUGUCGGUACGACGUUUUGGACUACAGAAGUGACAAAGUCAAUAAGCGAAGGACUUAUGGCUAUGAGAUUGUAUUUGAACAAGUGCAACGUACAAAUCGCCAAAAUUGUCGAUUUAGUACGCGGAAAACUGAGCACACAAAACAGGAUAACAUUGAGUGCAUUGAUUGUUCUUGAUGUUCAUCAACGGGAUGUGCAUUCCGAACUUAUCGAGCUUGAAGUUAAGACUACCAACGAUUUUAACUGGCUGUGUCAGUUGAGAUAUUAUUGGGAGUCUAAUCAAAUGCAAGUUGCCAUGAUUAAUUCCACUUUACGUUAUGGUUACGAAUAUUUGGGCAACACUACCAGACUGGUGAUCACUCCAUUAACCGAUAGAUGUUACAGAACGCUCUUCGGCGCCUUGCACUUGCAUCUAGGAGGAGCUCCUGAGGGACCUGCCGGUACUGGAAAAACAGAAACAACAAAAGAUUUGGCUAAAGCUGUGGCUAAACAGUGCGUGGUAUUCAAUUGUUCAGAUGGAUUGGAUUAUAUAGCCUUAGGAAAAUUCUUCAAGGGCUUAGCUUCUUGUGGAGCAUGGUCAUGCUUCGACGAAUUCAACAGGAUCGACUUAGAAGUACUCUCAGUAGUGGCACAACAAAUCUUAACCAUCCAACGAGGUAUCAAUUCAGGAAACGAGAAACUAUUCUUCGAAGGCACAGAACUGAAACUAGAUCCAACCUGCGCAGUAUUUAUUACAAUGAAUCCAGGUUAUGCUGGAAGAACUGAACUACCGGACAAUCUGAAAGCCCUGUUCAGAUCGGUAGCCAUGAUGGUGCCGGAUUAUGCGCUGAUAUCCGAAAUCGAGCUGUACGCAUCGGGUUUCCUGAUCGCCAAGCCUCUGGCUGUCAAAAUCGUGGCCACCUAUCGGUUAUGUUCGGAACAACUGUCUUCCCAAUGCCACUACGAUUACGGUAUGAGAGCUGUAAAAUCAGUGCUUCGCGCAGCUGGCGCCUUGAAGUUGCGUUAUCCUCUGGAAAAGGAAGAGAUAUUAGUUCUGCGAUCCAUAAAGGAUAUUAAUCUUGCUAAAUUUUUGCACCAUGAUGUACCUUUGUUCCAAGGUAUAACUUCAGAUCUGUUCCCCGGCGUUAUCCUACCCGAACCUGACUAUGUAGCUCUAAACAAAGCUGUGGAAGAUGUUUGUCAGACCAUAAAUGUGCAAAACGUGCCAGCUUUCUUGGAGAAAGUACAGCAGUUGUACGAAAUGAUAGUAGUCAGGCACGGUCUGAUGAUUGUAGGGCAGCCUUUCGCAGGAAAAACCACUAGUUAUAGGGUUUUGGCUGAUGCCUUAGGAUUAGUAGAAGAGAGAGGUGAAAUGGAUGAACAUCGAGCCAUUUACACUGUGAUGAACCCAAAGUCUAUUACCAUGGGUCAGUUGUAUGGACAAUUCGACCCAGUUUCACAUGAAUGGUCUGAUGGUGUUUUAGCUGUAAGCUUUAGGCAGUUUGCAAUGUCUACAACCGAUGAUAGGAAAUGGCUGAUAUUUGAUGGCCCAGUAGAUGCAGUGUGGAUUGAGAACAUGAACACUGUCCUGGAUGAUAACAAGAAACUCUGUCUCAUGUCUGGCGAAAUUAUUCAAUUAUCUAACUCGACAAACUUGAUUUUUGAACCCAUGGAUUUGGAUGUAGCCUCACCAGCAACGGUAUCUAGAUGUGGCAUGAUCUAUAUGGAACCGAAGUCUAUUGGCUGGAAGCCUAUGUUGACGUCAUGGUUGAACACAUUACCGCCUUUUAUAAACAACGAUUUCUACAAAACCAUGAUUUUCAAUUUGUUUGUGCGGUUCUGUAAACCGCUGUUGUGGCUGAUCAGAAAAGGUGCAGUCAGGGAAAUCGCUACAACAUCAGAUCACAACCUCGUGCGAGCCACCACAAACCUGUUCGAAUGUUUCAUGGACGAUUUCUAUGACGAGAAAUACAGAGAACAAGUGUCAGACUUAGACGUCAGAGCCCAAAUAGAAGGCUCAUUCUUUUUCGCUUGCAUCUGGUCGAUGGGAGGCACGCUGGACAACAACAGUCGCGAACAGUUCAAUAUGAUUUUUAGGGGACUACUGGAAAGGGAGUUCCCCCAAAGGAUAAUCGACGCUAUGGGCAUACCAUUUGAAAUAGCCAAGCCAGAGAAGCCUUACAUAUUCACGUUGCCUGUUGGGGAGACGGUGUUUGAUUAUAGAUUCCUUAAAGAGGGUAAAGGAAAAUGGAAGUUGUGGUCUGAUGAGUUGAUGAACGCUCCACCCAUUCCAAGGGACAUUCCUGUCAAUCAAAUCAUCGUGACUACUGUGGAGACCGUCAGGAGCAUUGCUCUCAUGCAGCUGUUGAUUCAACAUCAGAAGCCUAUGAUGAUCAUUGGUCCUACGGGUACUGGAAAAUCAGUGUAUAUAACAGAUUUUUUGCUUAAGAAGAACGACACCAAAACUUACAUCCCGUUGUUUAUUAAUUUCUCUGCACAAACAACGGCAAAUCAAACGCAGAGUAUUGUCAUGUCUAAAUUAGAUAAAAGAAGAAAAGGAGUAUACGGCCCACCUGUUACGAAAAAAUGCGUAAUUUUUGUUGAUGAUGUAAAUAUGCCUCUUAAAGAAGUGUUUGGUGCUCAGCCACCAAUAGAACUUUUAAGGCAAUGGUUUGAUCACGAAAUGUGGUACGACUUGAAAGAUAUAGUCCCAAUGAAAUUGAUAGAUAUACAAUUUAUGUGUGCAAUGUGUCCACCAGCAGGAGGUGGCAACACUGUAACCGCAAGAUUUAUUCGUCACUUUAAUCAUUUGUGUAUAGACGAAUUCCAGGAGCACAUUCUUAUCAACAUAUUCAGUAAGAUCAUGCUGUGGCAUUUAGAUACAAGGGGAUUUUCCAAAGAUUUUGAUCCAUGCAUUGAACAAAUAGUGUUAGCUACGUUGGACAUAUAUAAAUUGGCACGAAAGAACUUACUCCCAACUCCAGCAAAGUCCCACUAUCUAUUCAAUCUUAGAGAUUUUUCCCGAGUUAUUCAAGGUGUUUUACUGUCUGUUCCUGAAGCCAUGGAAGACUUAAUGGCUAUCAAACGACUUUGGGUUCACGAGGUUCUCAGAGUCUACUACGACAGAUUGGUGGAUGACAACGAUCGGACAUGGAUAGUAGAAGCCCUAAGAUCUGUUUGUCAGGAUAAGUUGGAAGAAAAUAUGAACGGCAUGUUUAGCAGGCUAGCACAAAAAGGAAAAUUUGUUAUUGGUGAAAUGGAACUGAGGAAAUUGAUAUACUGCGACUUCGCAAAUCCCAAGGCAGACCAAAGACAUUACAUCGAGGUUCAAGAUUUAGAGUAUCUCAAAUCAGUUGCAGAAGGCUAUUUGAACGAGUUCAAUAAUAUGACGAAGAAACCGAUGAAUCUUGUGCUGUUCAGAUUUGCUAUCGAACAUCUAUCCAAAAUCUGUCGAAUCCUGAAACAGCCCAGAAGUCAUGGUUUAUGUGUGGGAGUAGGGGGUUCAGGUCGCCAAUCCUUGACACGUUUAGCAGCUCAUAUUUCUGAAUAUGAGCUGUUUCAAGUGGAGAUCACGCGAUUGUACGGAGUGAACGAAUGGCGCGAAGACGUCAAAGUGAUCUUAAGAAAAGGCAGCGCUUCGGAUCAGCACGGCGUGUUUUUGUUCUCUGACACUCAGAUCAAGGAAGAAGCUUUCUUGGAGGAUGUGAGCAAUCUGAUGAACUCUGGAGAGGUUCCGAAUUUGUUCACUGCCGAGGAAAAAAUCGAAAUAUGCGAAAAGAUGCGUCAAUUGGACAGACAAAGAGACAAAUCCAUGCAAACCGAUGGCAGUCCAGCUGCUUUGUUCAACUUUUUCGUGCAAAUUAUUCGUGAACAACUCCACGUGGUCUUGACGAUGAGUCCCAUAGGAGACAGCUUCAGAAACAGGAUCAGAAAGUUCCCGGCGUUGGUCAAUUGUUGCACCAUAGAUUGGUUCCAGUCAUGGCCAGAAGACGCUUUGCUGGCCGUAUCGAAAAAAUUCUUGGGAGAAAUCGAGUUGACAGAUCACGAGCGCGUGGUUUGCAUUGACAUGUGUCAAAUCUUCCACGUGUCAACGCAGGAACUCUCCGGAGAGUUCUUCCUUAGGUUGAAGAGGUACAACUAUGUGACGCCUACGUCCUAUCUGGAAAUGAUCAACACUUUUAAGACCUUCCUAACAAAUACACGAAAACAAUUAUUAUUGGGAAAGAGCCGGUAUGAAGUAGGCUUAGAAAAACUAGAAAAUGCCGGUGCUGAAGUAGCCGUUAUGCAAAGAGCUUUGGAAGAGCUACAGCCUCAGCUAGUAGUAGCUCAAUCGCAAGUGGAAGAAACAAUGAAAAUAGUCGAAGCCGAGUCCGCCGAAGCUGCUGAAGUUGAGAAAAUAGUCAUGGUGGACGAAGAGGCCGCAAACGAACAAGCCAAAGCUGCCCAAGCCAUCAAGGAUGAAUGCGAAUCAAACAUGGCAGAAGCAAUGCCCAUCCUGAACGCUGCUUUAGCUGCUUUGAAUACCUUAACUCCUCCAGAUAUCACCAUCGUGAAGACGAUGAAGAAUCCUCCGAAGGGAGUGAAGCUUGUGAUGGAAGCUGUUUGCAUCUUAAAGGAUAUAAAACCAGACAAAGUGCCUGCACCAAGCGGUAUAGGAACGGUGGAAGACUACUGGGGACCUUCGAAGAAAGUCUUGGGUGACAUGAAGUUCUUGGAGAGCCUUAUCAACUACGAUAAAGACAACAUACCGCCGAGAAUCAUGGCCAAGCUAAAAGAACAGAUACUCACCGACGAAAAUUUCGAUCCAGAUAAGGUCAAAACUGCUUCAUCUGCCUGCGAAGGCAUUUGCAAGUGGGUUAUCGCUAUCUCGAAGUACGACAAAGUAGCUAAGGUUGUGGCACCUAAAAAGGCGGCUCUGGCUAUAGCUGAAGAACAGUUCAAUACAGCUAUGGCGUCGUUAGAAAUCAAGAGGGCUCAGUUAAGAGAGGCUAGAGAAAAGGUAGCAAAAUUGGAAGCAAGGCUUCACGAGGAAAAGAAGAAGUUCCAGACAUUGACAGACGAAGUGAACCUGUGCACCCUGAAGUUGCAAAGGGCCGAAGAACUAAUUGGAGGCCUUGGCGGAGAGAAAGACAGAUGGAGAAGUACGGCAGAAGCUUUGGGUGAAAGAUACAAGGUGCUAGUUGGUGAUAUACUGGUUUCAGCCGGCGUUGUAGCUUACUUAGGAGCGUUCACCAUGCAAUUCAGGACAAAACAGAUCGAGUCCUGGGUGGACCAGCUGAUUAAGAGCGGAAUAGUGACCACGAAAGAUUUUCAAUUAACGCAAAUUUUAGGAGAACCGGUAGUGAUAAGGCAGUGGAACAUCUACGGGUUGCCUACGGACAAUUUCAGCAUUGAAAAUGCCAUCAUUAUUUCGAAUGCCAGGAGGUACGCACUAAUGAUCGACCCUCAAGGGCAGGCGAAUAAGUGGAUAAAAAAUAUGGAAAGGCUGCACAAUUUGGCAAUAAUUCGCCUCAAUCAGCCUGAUUACGUUCGCAUACUGGAAAACGCCAUUCAAUUUGGCCAGCCUGUACUUCUGGAGAAUGUAGGACAAGAAUUAGAUCCAAUAUUGGAGCCGGUUUUGGCUCAACAAAUAUUUAAACAAGGUGGCGCAAUGUGUUUGAAAUUAGGAGACUCGGUAGUUGAAUACAGCAGUGAUUUUAAGUUAUAUAUAACGACAAAACUACGUAAUCCUCACUACUUACCUGAGGUAGCUGUGAAGGUGACUCUUGUGAAUUUCGUGAUCACAAAAGCCGGCCUGGAAGAUCAACUUUUGGGCAUCGUGGUUGCCAAGGAACGACCCGACCUGGAAGCGGAAAAAAAUGCUCUCAUCAUACAAGGAGCUGAAAAUAAACGUUCGUUGAAAGAGAUUGAAGAUAAAAUUUUAGAAGUUUUGAGCACGUCCCAAGGUAAUAUUUUGGAAGACGAGACCGCAGUACAGAUUUUGAGUUCUUCAAAACAACUAUCGAAUGAAAUAGCCGCAAAGCAGGCUGUGGCCGAAGUUACGGAAAAACAAAUUGACAAAGCUAGACUGGAAUAUACUCCAAUAGCUGUGCAUUCGACGAUAUUGUUUUUCACUAUCGCUGAUUUGGCCAAUAUAGAUCCAAUGUAUCAGUAUUCGUUGGUUUGGUUUGUAAAUCUGUUUAAAUCUACCAUAGAUAACACAGAUAAAGUAGAAGAUGUUACCAUGAGAUUAGAUGACUUAAGAAAGGUUUUUACCUACUACUUGUACGUGAAUAUCUGCCGCAGCCUGUUCGAAAAGGACAAGCUGCUGUUCGCCCUUCUGCUCUCCAUCAACCUGCUGAAAAGCAUUGACGCCGUGAACAUAGCCGAGUGGAUGUUCCUGCUAACAGGUGGCGUGGGCCUCGACAAUCCGCAUAAAAACCCGUCGGAUUGGCUGGUGGUCAAGUCGUGGGACGAGUUGUGCCGUCUCAACGACUUGCCCGCUUUCGAUGGCAUUAUAAAACAUUUUACAAAUAACUUGCCAAAAUGGAAGGAAAUCUUCGAUUCCGGGGAACCCCAAAAGAAACCUCUACCGUCUCCAUGGGACAAACAACUGGAUUCUUUGCAAAAAUUACUAAUUUUGCGUUGUAUACGAUACGACAAAAUUCUACCAAGCAUCCAGGAUUUUGUUACAGAACACAUUGGAAAACAAUUUGUCGAACCCCCACCAUUCGAUUUGAACUCAUCCUUUGCUGACUCCCAUUGCUGCAUUCCUCUGAUCUUCGUACUGACUCCCGGAGCUGAUCCAACGGCCGUUUUGCUGAAAUUCGCAGACGAUCAAGGUUUUGGUGCGGCUAGAUUGUACUCCUUGUCUUUGGGACAAGGACAAGGACCUAUUGCCAUCAAAUUGAUCGAUGAAGGUGUCAAAAAUGGUACCUGGGUAGUAUUGCAGAACUGCCAUCUUGCUAAAAGUUUUAUGCCUACGCUUGAAAGGAUUUGCGAGAACUUGACACCCGAUUCAACGCAUCCAGAUUUUCGCCUAUGGCUCACCUCCUACCCGGCAGACCAUUUUCCAGUAUUAGUACUCCAGAAUGGCGUAAAAAUGACCAACGAGCCGCCCAAAGGGCUCAGAGCAAACAUACUCAGGUCGUACCUAGGCGACCCUAUUUCAGAUUCCGAAUGGUUCGAAGGCUGUAAGCAGGGCGACGUUUUCAAGAAGCUAUUGUAUAGUUUGUGUUUCUUCCACGCCACUGUACAAGAAAGAAGGAAAUUUGGAGCUUUAGGGUGGAACAUACCGUACGAGUUUAAUGAGACUGAUUUGAGGAUUAGUGUGAUGCAGUUACAGAUGUUUUUGAACGAGUAUGAGGAUAUCCAAUUUGACGCCCUGUUAUACCUGACAGGUGAAUGCAAUUACGGAGGAAGAGUGACAGAUGACUGGGACAGGAGGACACUAAACACUAUAUUGAGAAAGUUCUACUGCAAGGGAGUAGUUGAACAACCGAACUAUCCCUUUGAUCCUACAGGUGUAUAUUGCUGUCCCGACAAGACCGACUACGACGAAUUCAUGAACUACACGAGGUCUUUGCCUUUGAUCACCCAUCCGGAAGUGUUUGGCAUGCAUGAGAACGCCGACAUAUUGAAAGAUCAGCACGAAACGAAUUUGAUGCUGAGCAGCACUCUUCUCACGCAGGACACAAUGUCCGCCUCUAGCUCGACCAAGUCACCCGAUGACAUCGUCAUGGAAGUGGCAGCUGACGUUCUGGCAAAAUUACCCAAUGAUUUCGAUCGGGAUGCUGCUAUGGAGAAAUACCCUGUAUCUUACGCGCAGAGUAUGAACACUGUUUUAGUGCAGGAGAUGAACAGAUUCAACAUAUUACUCAACGUCAUCAGGACCAGUUUGAAGAAUGUCCAAAAAGCUAUUAAAGGUUUGAUUGUGAUGUCCGUUGAUUUAGAAGAAGUGGUCAGCAGUAUUCUCACUGGCAGAAUACCAGCAAUGUGGGCCAAAAAAUCUUACCCGUCCCUAAAGCCCUUGGGAAGUUAUAUCAAUGAUUUUCUAGCAAGAUUAGUAUUUCUACAGCUUUGGAUGGAUGAAGGUGCGCCAGUGACUUUUUGGAUAUCUGGAUUCUUCUUUACGCAGGCCUUUUUGACGGGAGCACAACAGAAUUUUGCCAGAAAAUAUACGAUUCCCAUUGACUUGCUUACCUUCGAUUAUGAGGUUUUAAGAGAAACGAAGUUCAAAACACCACCGCACGAUGGCGUUUAUGUUUAUGGAUUGUUUCUGGAUGGUGCCAGAUGGAAUAGUAGUACAAUGAUGGUGGAUGAUUCCCUACCUAAAGUCUUAUAUGACAGCGUACCAUAUAUUUGGUUGAAACCUCUAAAAAGGGAAGACUUUGUUGAGAAAGAAACUUAUACUUGCCCUGUAUAUAAAACAGUUGAACGCAGAGGCGUUUUGUCAACGACGGGUCACUCGACGAAUUUCGUCAUUGCGAUGUUGCUACCCACAGAUAAGCCUCAAAAGUAUUGGAUUAUGAGGGGCGUAGCCAUGUUGUGUCAACUGUCGCAGUAGUUUAUUAUUAUUUAGUUUUAGUUAUGUUUUAUUUAUUU